GCAAAGAGUCACACUUCUGAAAAGAACUUUUAUUAUUUAAGUUCAUAGAAGAUGGAUGGUUCGAGUAAAGUAACAAUUAACUGCGGACCCUGUGAGUAUGAAAAUGUUGCUACGGAGGCAGCAAAAUGGUGUUCUGAAUGUGCGGAAGGGUAUUGUGACGAAUGUUUAAGACCUCAUAAAGCUGCAAAACUAUCAAGACAUCAUCAUUUAGUAUCAAUUUCAGAAUAUCAAAUUGUUGACCAAUUAGCAGUUCCACAGGUUUGUCAAGUUCAUCAGAAAGUGUUUGAAUAUUUCUGCAAAGCGCAUGACAGCGUGAUUUGUAUUGAAUGUGUUCAGUCAGAACACAGUAAAUGUCCAGAUCUAUUGUCUUUACAGAACGCAGCAAAGGGAGCCAAAACAUCUACUGCGCUGAAUGAAUUAGAACAAAAUAUUGACAAUCUACUGGAAAAUAUCGAAAACGGAAUAAAGAUGCAAGACAAAAAUCUGAAUAGUAUUUUAGAUAGUGACAAUAAUAUAAAGACAGCAGUAAAGACAAAACAUGAAGAAAUUAUUCAGUAUUUUGAGCGACUGCAAGAAAAAACAUUGAUCGAAUUGACAGAUAAAUACAGAAAGUGUCAACAAGAGAUAUCGUCGACAAAAAGUACAUUUAUCAAAAAACAAACACAACUACGAAAUAUGAAAGAUCGAAUUCUUCAGAUGAAGAAAUUUUUAUCUGAUGUGCAAGCCUUUGUCGGAAUGAAAAUGAUGACUGGAAGCUUGAACAACGAAAAAGAAGUAGUCCAUUCGUUAGUCACUGACAUGCCAUCCUUUAUACUUAAAUUUGAACAAAAUUUAAAAAUUCAAACUAGUAUAGUGAACUUAGAUGAAUAUGGCACAACUUGUAUUGCUACCACAAACGGUGGCGCUUCAUUUGUCGAACCAAAGGUAGAUCAAGCCCAAUUCAAAAUCACGUCUGUAGAUAGUAUCGAUAGAAUCCAAUUACAGUUUAGAACAGGGAUUGAUCUGAAAUGUACUCCGUGCGUAAUAACUAGCUGUUUGAUAUUACCGAAUAAUCAGGUAAUGAUAUUGAAUCACAUUAAAGAACGUCUGAUGAUUUACAAUGAGAAUGGAUCACAUUCUCGCGACAUUGCAGUUCCUGGUAAACCAUUUGAUGCAACUAUUAUUGAUCGCCGUGCAGUAGCCGUUACAUUUAGAUUCAAAAAUUUUAUUUCUAUCGUCAACAUCCAAUCCAAUCAAAUUGAACGAAAUAUUAAAAACGCUGUUAAAAAAUGGUGCUGGGGAAUAUCGCAUUGUAAUAGGAAGUUGUAUGUUGUAUCCUAUAGUGAAGGGAUCACCGUUCUAGAUCUAUAUGGACGUAUUAUAAAGAAAAUUCAAGUGGAUGUUGAGGACGUUUAUAAUAUCUUGACUAUUUCAGAAAACGUUAUUUACACUGACAUGCUCGGAAAUAUAUUUAGCUUAGACACAAAUGGAACCCAGAUAUGGAAGUAUUCUAGCAGUAAAGUACAGAACAAUACUUCUGCAGGAAUUACAGCAGACGAGAGAGACAAUGUAUAUGUAGUUGGUGGACAGUCCAAUAGCCUUAUAGCUGUGUCUAAAGAUGGAAUGAGGCAAAAGGUCCUUCUGACUGAACAGGACGGUCUAAAAGAUCCAGAAGCAGUCUACUACAGUAAAGAACACAAAAUAUUAUUGAUAUGCAAUAAAGAAAAUGGACACGCAGCUUUAUAUGACGUUCAUCUGUAAGCAAAAGAAAAUCCAAUGCUCUACCUGGUCAGAUAAAAAGAUGGAGACAAGUGAGAGAUAAGCAGAAUAGUUCUAUAAAUGAACUAAUAGCUUGUGAAAACGAUUACUAGCUAAAUUCCAUUGAUUCUUCAUUUGUGUUUGUUGUUUGAUUUGAUUACAUUUGUGUAUAAAUGAAAAGUUUAAACCUACAUCUUUGAAUCUUUUUUUAAAUAGUAUUGCCUGUUAAGCAUGCUGAAAAGAUCAUUAAUUUGAUUUAUCUAAUAUUCAAUAGAAAUAAAAACAAUCAAAACGGUAUUAGGGCCAACUAAAUUUUAGUUCAAUUUGCAGAGUAACAUAAAUACUCCAAUGUGAGUACUAUAAAUUCAUCGCCUCAUUCCAAACAGAGAUUUUCCUUCUGUAUUUCGUUUUAGGUUACGGUUUAAUUUAACACAAAUGAACUUGUA